CGCCGCGGGCUGGCGGAGCGCUGCGGGCGGGGCGGAGGGGCCGGGGCAGCCGCGGGGCCGGGCCGGGCCGGGCCGGACCUUCUCCGGGACCCGACCUUUCCCCGCGCCCGCCGCAGGGCAUGGGCGCCGCGGCUCCGCGCUGCGCUGCCGAGCCCCGGCCCCAUGAGUCCUCGCCGGAGCAAGUGAGUGCGGGAGGCGUCCCGGCGGGCACCGGCGGCCCGGCCUCGGGAGGGAGGAUGUGGUGAGAGGAUGGGGCUGUGUCCCGCGGGGGCUCGCCAUGGCCAGGGAGGACUCGGUGAAGUGCCUGCGCUGCCUGCUCUACGCCCUCAACCUGCUCUUCUGGUUGAUGUCCAUCAGCAUAUUAGGUGUUUCUGCUUGGCUGAGGGACUACCUGAAUAAUGUUCUCACUUUAACUGCAGAAACAAGGGUGGAGGAGGCUGUCAUUUUGACUUACUUUCCUGUGGUCCACCCAGUUAUGAUUGCAGUCUGCUGUUUCCUCAUCAUAGUUGGAAUGCUGGGAUACUGUGGAACGGUGAAAAGAAAUCUGUUGCUCCUUGUCUGGUAUUUUGGAAGCUUGCUUGUAAUAUUCUGCGUUGAACUGGCCUGUGGUGUUUGGACCUACGAGCAGGAAAUAACGAAGUUGGAUGUAUUCUGUUGUGGACAUAACCUUGGAAUGUGUUUAACUCAAGUUCCAGUGCAGUGGUCCGAUAUGAUCACACUGAAAGCCAGGAUGACCAAUUAUGGCUUACCUAGGUACCAGUGGCUGACCCAUGCUUGGAAUUUCUUCCAGAGGGAGUUUAAAUGUUGUGGAGUGGUGUACUUCACAGACUGGCUGGAAAUGACAGAAUUGGACUGGCCACCUGACUCCUGUUGUGUCACAGAGUUCCCAGGAUGCUCUAAGCAGGCACAUCACAAGGACCUCAGUGACCUUUAUCAGGAGUUUCAUGAACAGACUGACCUUAGGGCAUGGUUGUGGGGGAAAUGUGAAGAUGAUGAUGUGGCCUUGGAGGUUUGUUGUGGUCUGAGGACAAGAGGAUCUCUGCCCAUCUUGUGAUUGGGAGCUGCAGUGUAGAUAAAAUGAUUGGUGGGAAUCGAUAUCUUAAAAAAUCCAACUUGCAUGUUCAAUAUUUUCUUUUGGUUUCUGAUAUAGUUUCGAGUAUACUUAAAAUUCACUUUAAUUAAAUUAAUUUUACCUCAAUUUUGGUUUGUUUUAAUAUUUAAUUUUACAACUUGCUUUAAUAUACUUUUGAGUAUACUCAGAAUUUGGAUGUACAAAAGAUUUGUUGAGUUUGCUAAUGGCUUAUCUUUUCUGCUCAGUGGAGUGCUUUAUUUCAGUUCAGAUUCUUAAUUCUAUGAUGAUUCUUACUUCUUUACUUCUAUGAUUAAGUAAAUCAGUAAUAUAUGCUAAAUAAGAAAUACAUUCUUUUUUCUAUCUCAAGACUGAAAGUAUAACACAAAUGAAUCAGGCCUUUAAUCUCUAGCUUUGUAGGAGUCUGAAGCUGAUUCUCCUGAAUGAUUGCUGCAAAGUUUUAUACUAUAUUUGAUUUGUCAACAAGAGCUCCCCAUUUAGUGACAAGCUUUUGCUGAGGGAAGUGUAUUUAUGUACUGUUUAAUUGCAGGCUGCCAACUAUGGAAGUGUCACAUAAGCAGAAAUAAAAUGCAUGAAUGUGAAAUUAACAAGGCUGGCUGUGUUUUCUCAGUUUUGAAACUGAUUUUGAACACGUAUUAGAGCAGAGCUCCAAGAACAUCAUUGAAUGGAGGAAAACAGUCUACCUAGACUGGGCACAAUUUAUCUCAGUUACGUGUCUGUGUACUGCAGGAGAUGUAGGCAUUAAUGUUAUUGCUCUCUGUUAGUGGGUGUUUUCUCUAGGCAACAAAUGAACUAAGUUUGAAUAUUGCUGUGGUGGAACAUUUUAAAAUUGUGACCAGCAUGCACCUUUAUCUGUUUAAGUUAGAAGUUUUAAAAUACAGCCAGUUUCUCUGUAAUUAACAACAAAUUUGGGAAGUGAUAUAGCUGCAACUGCCUUCCAAUUGAAGAAAAGAAGAUGCCAAUGUGAUCAUUUUUGUCCCCCCAUCAAGUCCAAUUACAUUGCUUUUGCUGCAGUGUUGCUUCUUUUUCAUUUGAAAUUUCAAAGAAUACAUGCUUGCUCCUUUUUGUGUGUCUUUGCUGAUGUUUAGAAAAUGAAGCAAUAAAACAAGCAAAGACAUCGAGAUUCUAUAAUUUAUUCUGGUGGAAUUAUCAUAGAGUACAUUAAUUUUAUUUAGAUCCUAAAUGAAAAUCUGUUGACUACAGUGUGAAUUCUGUGUGUGUGGCAAAAAUUGGACCUUACAUCAAAUACUUUUAGGACUGUAGCAUUUUAAAUUGGCUUUGGGGAAAUUAGCUUUGGGGAAUUUAAGUGUGAUUGAAAAGUGUUAUUUAUCAUGUCCUGUCUUCAGAUUUCAUCACUUUGAUCGAUUGCUUUAUUUUCUUAGAAAAGCUAUAAGAAAUAUGAAGUAAGGAUAUAAAUACAAAAAAUAGCAUUCUCAAGACAGUGCCCAUUUUGAUGGAUUCCUGCUGUCUGUGUCUGGGACCAGUGCCCAUCCAGUUUGUUACUCUGAGUUUCCCCUUGAUAUGUAUGUUACUUUGAUAAUUGUGCUGUGAAACCCUGCAAGGCUUAGAAUAGAGAAUAAGCAUCAUGCAGAGCAGCAGAGGCCCCUCUCUUCCUGGUUUUAUCGUCUCUAAGACUGACAUCACCCUUACUGAGUGAUGAGCGUUGUAACUUGUGCUUGCACUGCCAAACAGCAGUUUCCAAAGCUGCUGCCUCUGUGGAUCUGUACAGCCUUACACAGGCUUGGGAGCUUUUCUGAGGCCUUAUGUGGUAGUUGGCCUUGUAAGCAAACUGGAGCCUGCACUGAAGGUUUGGAAAGAGCUAAAUUCCAUUUCUGUGAACAUCAGCUUACAAUGCUUUAACAUAGUCUUCAUGGGAUGUUUUCUGAUGAGGUUACACAGGUCCGUAGGUAUUUCCUACAAUACUGUUUUAGCUUCAGGGUGUAGUAUUAGGUGUAGGAAAAGUCUAAAAGAGUUUAAAAUAAUUGACAACUUUGAAGAUCUUCAAUUUAAAGAGAGAAACAAGAUAAUAAAAAGGAUUUAAAUGCAUUUUAAACCUUCACAAAAUCAGUUCAGUUUCUCUUACAAUUAGUGAGAGUUAAUAGUAAUUCAGAUUAACUUUGAGUGAUUUCUGAAAAGUAGCACAGAUAUCUUUCGGUAAAGUUUCUGUGUAAGAGAUGAGAAAACUUAAAGUUAGCAUUAUGGAAGCAGUUAAAAAGUAGGCAAAAUAAUGUUCAAAAUAUUGUUUGAAGGAAGUGAGAGAUUCUUGUGAGCCAGAAAAGACAGCAGUGAGUAGGAUGAGCUAACCCUGGGAACUGCAACCCAAAUAAUACUGACUGUUUUUUAAUCUAUUUUUGUU